CUUCUGGAACACCAAAGUGCCAAGUUCCAGCUGGGGGGAAGAAUCUCCGGCUUGGUAUAGCUGUCUCUUUAAAGCUCAGCAGCACCUUGGCAAAGAGGCCUGGGAUAAGAAGGAAAAAGAGGAGCUGGAAAAAAAUACCACCUUGACAUUCAGGGCUGUUCUCGGAGGGGAGCGUGAUGUCCUCAGGCCAGAUGAAAGAUCUCAGCUUGGAGGACAAACCGUUGCCUCCACCGGAAACCGGAGAAAUAGAUGGGAUUCUAAUGACCAAGACGGUCUGCCAGGAGUGGGACAAGAUCUGGAAUUUCCAGGCCAGACCAGAUGAUCUGCUCAUCGCAAGUUAUGCCAAGGCUGGGACAACAUGGACCCAGGAGAUUGUCGACAUGAUCCAAAAUGAUGGAGACGUACAGAAGUGUCACCGAGCCAACACUUUCGACAGACAUCCAUUUCUGGAGUGGACUCUUCCACCGCCCUUGAACUCUGGGUUGGAUCUGGCUCUGAAGAUGCCCUCUCCCCGAACGCUGAAAACUCACCUGCCCGUCCAGCUGCUGCCUCCGUCCUUCUGGGAACACAAUUGCAAGAUCAUCUAUAUAGCAAGAAAUGCCAAAGACUGUCUAGUGUCCUACUAUCACUUUUCAAGAAUGAAUAAAACGAUCCCUGACCCAGGAACCUGGGAAGAGUACAUGGAGUCAUUCAUGACUGGAAGAGUGCUCUGGGGGUCCUGGUACGAACACGUGAAAGGAUGGUGGAAGGCGAAAGACAAGCAUCGCAUUCUCUACCUCUUCUACGAAGACAUGAAGGAGGACCCAAAGCGUGAGCUCCAGAAAUUAUUGCAAUUCAUGGAGAAGGAUCUACCUGAAGAGACUGUGGAUAAAAUCAUCUACCACACCUCAUUCGACGUGAUGAAGAACAACCCCAUGGCCAACUAUACCACCAUGCCUUUAUCAGUGAUGGACCAUUCCAUCUCCCCAUUCAUGAGGAAAGGGAUGCCCGGAGACUGGAAAAACCAUUUCACGGUGAGGCAGAAUGAGCGGUUCGACGAAGACUACAAGAGGAAGAUGGCUGACACUUCCCUGACUUUCCGCACUGAGAUCUGAGAGCGAGGGAAACAAUUCUGAGGCGAUGGGGAUUGAAAGCCAGAGAACGCCUUUUCCUCCCACUCUCCUGUACCGACCUGGGGUCAUAAUAGCAAUAGUAAUAAUGGUCUUUGUUAAGCGCUUACUAUGUGCCAGGAACUGUUCUAAGCUCUGAAAUAAGCUCUGUGGGGGAGGGGAGUAGCAGAAAAGAGGCCCCCAGAUUUUGAGCCUAUUGUGUGCAUUUGUCUGUGUUGUGUUCUAAUGAUUUCAUCACUCCCGAUGUUUCUGUCUCCCGUUUCCUUCUCCCCACCUUUAUACCUAGAUUGUGAGCACCCCCACAGUGCAAGGGCCACGGCUAAUU